GCAGCCAAAACAAACAGACGAAGAUAAACACCGUUCGCCAGAGCGACAACCAAAACAACAACAAAACACUCGACCCUCAACACCACCACCGUACCAUCGCCCGUCCUCGCCUCUUGAGCCUCUGCAUAUCAAUUUCCCUUACCCGUCGUCGACUGCGGAGCCGAACGACCCAGAUAUGUGCCCGUCCGCCGUAAACAUGGAUCCCGUUUCCGAUACGAGCACCACCGCUGCCUGGGAGUCGAGGUCUACCUAUGAGUUUGGCACCGCCGCAGUCUUCUCUUCCCCGGCGCAGGCCGAGCCCAUCGACUUUAGCUUUAAACCUGCUUCGGCUUCCACGCCCUCUCGCAUCCCAGCCUUGGAAGUGGAGGUCCGUACCCUACGGGAAGCUUUCAUCGCAAACACUGCCGAGUCGAAGCAACUGCGAGAGACCAUCGCGGCCCGUGACAAGACCAUUGCCAGCCUCAGCGAGCAGGAAGCCAUGGUCUUCACCAAGGGACUCGAGCUCAGACGAUUGAGAAUGGAGAUCAAAGCGCGCGAUGAGAUCAUUGCUGAGCUUCCCAAGACCGUGAAAGUCAGCAAGUGUUGCUGUGAUGGUCUCCAGAAGGAACUGCAAAAGUGCCAAGAAGAGCUCGAAGCCAAGGACAAGAAGAUUAUUGAAAUCAAAGUAUUCAAUAAGAAGGAAGUCGCUGCAAAGGAUCGGCAUAUCGAGAGCCAGAAGAAACAGCAUAGAGCCGACGUCGAGGGUCUGAAUAAGCGCAUCAAAGCUCUGGACGUCGUGAUCGAUAACAAGGAUCUUGCUAUUCAAGCAGAAGCAAAGCUGCACCGAGACCUCAAAGUCAAGCUCCAGAACAAAGAGCGGGAGGCCAACGCGCUGACGAAGAAGGUCGCGGAGAUGACGAAGGAAGCUGCCAGGCUAAGCAAGCUGAAGGAGAAGACAUGGCAGAAGCUCGACACGUCCAGAGCCGUCGCCACCGAACUGGAGCAGAAGCUGAAGCAUGAGGAAGAGACUCGCCAUCUGCAGGUCCGCAAAGGUAUCGAGGAAGUCGUGGCGCCUGUGUAUUCGAUGUCUGGAAGUGAGCUCAAGGCCAACGAUCUUCUGUACGAGACCGUCCAGGCGAAGGACAAGAAGAUUGAGGAGCUUCAGAGCGAGAUUGCGGCCCUCAACAUCUCCGCAGACCUCAUGGCCGAGAGCGAGGAGAAGCUCAGGAAGCAGCUCGCAGAACGUAGCGCCCAGAACCUGGAUACCAACGCCAACUUCACCGUUGUCCAGGGCAAGAAGGGCGCGAAGGGGAAGAAGCCUAAGCCAGCUGCGAACAAGUUCCAGGCUCUUCAAGAGCCAGAUGAUCCACCGGUAAACUUUCAUGGUUUUUGCGGGGCGAGUUUAGUUUGCAUGAAAUACUGAUUGAUUCCAGGCCCCUCCUGAUACGAAGCUGUACGAUGGUUUCACUACCAACACCGGCGCAGAGAUGACCCUUCGAAAAGGCCCAGGCGGUAGGAAGUAUUAUGAGAAGAUCACCCGUCAUGAGAAGGAUCGUUGGAAUGCUCAACUCGAAGAAUGAAGACCUGGCUCUGCUCCGCCGUCGGUCUUGAAUGAUGUUGAGACAGGUAUGUAUCCCCUUUGUCGAUGCUGUGUCCAUACAGUUCUGUUUGGACGGCGAGUCUGAAACAGGCCUGUAUUGGCAUGCUGGUUCUUCCUCUGACUGCGGAUCUAGACUUCUUGGGAUGACUGGGUUUAAAAGGUUGGUGAUUCUGGUUCUCUUACUGUAUCUUGGAGGAAUACCCCGUCGGCUUUUCUUGAGCAAGUUGUAUG